UCCGGCCCGCUCCCGCUGCUGGCGGUCCCGGCGUCGCGAGUUCCCGCUCUCCCGCCCCCUCCUUCCCACCCUCCGAGCCGGCUCCGCGCUCUCCUCAGCCUCCCGCUCCCUGCCCACGGCCUCGGCGCGGCAGCCCUAUGGCGUACAGUCAGGGCGGCGGCAAGAAGAAAGUCUGCUACUAUUACGACGGUGAUAUUGGAAAUUAUUACUAUGGACAAGGACAUCCAAUGAAACCUCACAGGAUCCGAAUGACCCACAACUUGCUGCUAAACUAUGGCUUAUACAGAAAAAUGGAAAUUUAUCGACCCCACAAAGCAACUGCUGAGGAAAUGACCAAGUACCAUAGUGAUGAGUACAUCAAAUUUCUCCGAUCAAUAAGACCUGACAAUAUGUCUGAGUACAGCAAGCAAAUGCAGAGAUUUAAUGUUGGAGAAGAUUGUCCUGUAUUUGAUGGACUGUUUGAGUUUUGUCAGCUGUCAACUGGAGGCUCUGUUGCUGGAGCAGUAAAAUUGAACAGACAACAAACAGACGUGGCUGUCAAUUGGGCUGGGGGACUUCACCACGCCAAGAAAUCAGAGGCAUCUGGUUUCUGUUAUGUCAAUGAUAUUGUGCUCGCCAUCCUUGAGUUACUGAAGUAUCACCAAAGAGUGUUGUAUAUUGAUAUUGAUAUCCAUCAUGGUGAUGGUGUUGAAGAAGCAUUUUAUACCACAGAUCGUGUCAUGACAGUAUCAUUCCAUAAAUAUGGUGAAUAUUUUCCAGGCACAGGGGAUCUUAGGGACAUUGGUGCUGGAAAAGGCAAAUACUAUGCUGUCAACUUUCCAAUGAGGGAUGGUAUAGAUGAUGAAUCAUAUGGACAGAUAUUCAAACCAAUUAUAUCUAAAGUAAUGGAGAUGUACCAGCCCAGCGCUGUGGUAUUGCAGUGUGGAGCAGAUUCACUGUCUGGGGACAGGCUGGGAUGCUUUAAUCUUACUGUUAAAGGUCAUGCUAAAUGUGUGGAAGUUGUAAAGACUUUUAACUUGCCAUUGCUGAUGUUAGGAGGAGGAGGCUACACAAUUCGUAAUGUUGCUCGAUGCUGGACAUAUGAAACUGCUGUUGCCUUAGAUUGUGAAAUUCCUAAUGAGUUGCCAUACAAUGACUACUUUGAGUAUUUUGGACCAGACUUCAAGCUUCAUAUUAGUCCUUCCAAUAUGACUAAUCAGAAUACACCAGAAUAUAUGGAGAAGAUCAAGCAACGCUUAUUUGAGAACUUGCGCAUGUUACCUCACGCACCUGGUGUACAGAUGCAGGCCAUUCCUGAAGAUGCUGUUCAUGAAGACAGUGGAGAUGAGGAUGGAGAAGAUCCAGACAAGCGCAUUUCUAUUCGAGCAUCUGAUAAGCGCAUAGCCUGUGAUGAAGAAUUUUCAGAUUCUGAAGAUGAAGGGGAAGGUGGACGACGAAAUGUUGCAGAUCAUAAGAAAGGAGCAAAGAAAGCCAGAAUAGAAGAAGACAAAAAAGAGACUGAGGACAAAAAAGCAGAUGUUAAGGAGGAGGAUAAAGCCAAGGACAGCAGUGGUGAAAAGACAGAUGCCAAAGGAGCAAAAUCAGAACAGCUCAGCAACCCUUGAACAAAAGAUAGCCUCUCAUCAGUUGCAGAACAUAAUACUAGAGUCUGAGAAUACCUAAAAGGAGAGAAGUUUUCGUAUGGAGAGAGACUGCUGAAUUCAUUUUGUACUAUUUGGCAUGGACUGUAUUUAUUUUCAAAUGGCUUUGUUCUGUUUUUUGGCAAGUUGUAUUGUGAGUUUUCUAAUUAUGAGGCAGAAAUUCCUUUCUUCACCAUGCUUUAUGUAAUAGUAUUUAAAAAUGGAUGUGAGUUAUUAUGUUAAAUGUCUAAACUGAUCUAUUAAAGUAAUUUGCCUUUCCUGAGCUGAUUUUACCUUUUUUGUAAUUUUAUCUUUAUUAAAAAAAAAAAAAAAUUGCACAUGGUUGUCUUUUGUCCAUAAUUUAACUACAAAGAGGAAAAACUAUAUAAAUUAGGCAGACUUAUCUGUGAGUACCUGCUGAGUUUAAAUGGACAGCUGGCACACAGGCAAGUUGAACUGUGCUGCUUUCAUUGACUCCACGCAUUCCAGUGGUUCCUACAUGAGGUGUAAACACAUGUAUGGGUAUAAAAGUGACAUUUGAAGGCUGAAUAAACAGAUGGAGGGAUGCUGGAAUAGCAUCAUUGUAUGAAUUCGCAUUUUAAUGUGAAUGUUUAAAACUCUGCAGUCACAUGCCUUGUACUGUCCAAGAACCUUUCCCUCCAUCACAAUCUACCUAAAAAACAGAUUCAUUUACUGUUCAUGAAAUCAGUAUACGGUCAUCUUGCAAAGCUUGCAAAAUAGCAACCGAAAUUUUGGAUUUAACUUAAAACCCAUCACAGAUUUUUUACAACUAUGAGCAACAUAAAACAUUCUCACCCUUACAGAGGAAGGAUUUUACUGCCUGCCCCCUUCAUGGAUUCAUGAGUUAGUUCUGGUGUCUGAAUUGAACAGACACCUCAGAGCUCCUAUUCCCCUUUUUUUUUUUUUUUU